UGUAGUAUUUCGGUAGACAUGGCGAGAAAAAAUUUUAUUUCUGCAACUAUUGCCUUCGUGACGUUACUAUCUUCAAAACCAACAUCCGCAAAUCGAACAUCCUUCUACCUGGACGAGGUUCGCAGUCUGAGCGAGCUGCCAAUAACCGAGUUGAUUCACAUAAAGUCCUCCCUCAUCGAAGAUGAGGCUCCUGAAGAAGAUAUGGAAGCUUCAAGUAGGAUGUUAUCGGUGUCGCUCCCCGUUGCGCAGCCCUUGAAGAGGUUCAACAAGAAGUCCAUAAGACGUUACGAGGACCACUACGACGAGAAGGGCAAAGACUCGAAGAUUUCAAAGAUAUUUCAACUGUCUGUCACUGCCCUGUCAUUUCUGGCGUUCGGUGGCUAUCUGCUGACGAUGAUAAUAACGACUAUUCGUCAAAAUUCCAUGAACGCGAACAAUGGAAACGUUAUUGUUCUCUCGAAUUUGCAAGGUCUGCAAACGCUGCAGAAUUUACAGAAUUAUCGUCCACGGAGAAACGUCAGAGUAGAUGUAAACGAGUUCCAAAUAGAGAAAUUGUAUCAAGGAAUGAUCAUGUUGUCCCGAAAAUACGCGGAAUAUAAUUAA